GGGCUCUUUUCCAGGCUUGGGCUUUUUCUUCCCGGUGACGCUUUGGGGUUGUUUUCUUCCCGACGUCACUUCCUCUGCUAACCGCCAACUGCUCACUGCUCACUGCUCAGCUUUGCUCACUGCCCGCACUUCUUUCUCCUGCCGGUCUUGUCCGCCCGCAACAACAAACUUACCUCCACGUUCCGGCUCUUCCCUAAACAAUUACCCAGCAACCCGAAAUAAGGGGCCCCAUAUUUCGUCUCUUGCUCAGUUCCCACUCCUGCUGCUGUCAGUUUUUCAUACUGCAACGCAAGAAUACACUAAGCCGACUUUCGCCGUCCCGGUGUCCUCCCUCUUCCGAUAAUGGCGUCCAGAUCCCCCACGGCCUUCACACCCGCAGCGAAACCACCACCCUCCGCGCCCGAAACCCCCAUCGUGAAGGACACCCCCAUUACACCUCAAGCGGUUCCAUUCCCGCCCCCGCAGACUUUUGAUAUCAUUCCGCCAUUGCACGGUCUUCUGCUUCGCCUGCUUGCAUCCCCCGGGACGGCUGGGAAUGGUGUCAGGGCCGCAGAAGUCAACAGUGGAGGCUCGGGCCCGGUCGGACAACCCACAAGUGCUCCUGGCCAGUCUCACUCACAGCCUGGGAAUGAAAGCCACGGCCACCCUGGAGUGCUGGUGACUGUUCCAUCCGCAGGACCUGGACCGGUUUCCGCCUCGGCCGAACUUGCAGCCUUGGGAUCGAAUGCACCCCCACCGCUCGACAUCAAAGAUCUCCCGACCGAAGUCAGCUCGAUCAAGAUCCGAAUCCAGAAAGCGCAGACAGUGGUGGAGAAUUUGCCAGAUGUCGACCGCUCUGUUGCAGAGCAGGAGGUGGAGAUCCAGGAGCUCGAGGACCGUAUCGCAAAGCUCAAAUCAGUCAUCUCUGAUUUUGGCCGGAGAGCCAGUCCUCGGAGUGCGGGAAAGUCAAGAAUCACUGAACCUUGAGGGCUCUGAGGGAUAGAAAAUAUGGUCUGCCAUGAUUUCGGUCAUCACCAUGGGCGCAGGUCGCUUCUUCUCGCAGGCGACUAG